ACGAAAGAAAAACAAAAAUGUCAAAAUUGUACACAUAACCUAAAAAAUGACAGUUCUUUAUAGAAAAUGUCAAAUAAGUAAAAAUAAAUGUUUAUAAAGUAAAAUUAGUUUAUUUAAUAUAAUUAUUAAUCAUGUCGGUUAUGUUAACAGCCGAUUGGUUCUCACUGGGAUGUGAUAUAUAUUUCAGGAAAUUCGAACUUUAUCCAUUGUCUUUUUAUAAUGAGGCAAAUGCCAAUCAUUUAGUAGUAGCAGCACCUUAUGGAGGGUCCAUAGCAAUAACAAGAAAUCCGAAAAAAUUUGUUAAAGUUCAAGGAACCGGAAAACCGAUAAUAUUAUUUUAUUCAUCCUCUGGAAGGAUUAUGGCAAAAUUACAAUGGACGAGUGGACAAUUAGUAACUUUAGGCUGGUCACAUCAAGAAGAAUUACUUUGCAUUCAGGAAGAUGGAAUGGUUCUUAUUUACGAUAUGUUUGGCAAUUAUCAACAUGCAUUUAGCAUGGGAAAUGAAGCGAAGCAGACAAAAGUUAUUGAUGCAAAAUUUUUUGUUAGCGUCAAUGGCACUGGACUUGCUAUUUUAACGUCUACAAGUCGUAUUUUUUUGGUGAACAAUGUUAGUGAACCAAAAGUUCGACAGUUAGAAAUUCCCAAACUCGGAGGACCAAUCGAAUGGUGCAUUAUUCGUAAGGAUAGAGAUAGUCAAGUUAUUAUUUCAAAUCAAGAAGGAAUUCAGGAGAUUCAUCAAAAUCAAACUUUCGUUACAACAGCUUUUAGUAAACUAUUUAACAAUAAGAUAUCAAGUAUAGUGGCAAUUGUUGCUUCCGGUAAUAAUAGACAUAUUGCAUUAUAUUCCGACACGGGAUAUUUAUAUCUCGGUUCAUCUGACUUCAAAGACAAAUAUUGCGAGUGUGCAACAAAUAUGAAGGAACAAUUAACAGAUAUUGCUUGGUGUGGAACGGAAGCCGUUGUUUGUAAUUGGGAUUCAACUGUAAUGGUUAUUGGAAAAUCAGGCGAAACAAUGAUUUUUAAUUACGAUGGUCCCGUUCAUCUUGUAACGGAAAUCGAUGGCGUACGAAUUAUUUCAAGUUUUUCACAUGAAAUGAUACAAAAAGUUCCCAAUGUUGUGCAAAAAAUAUUUCGCAUUAAUUCAACGGACGCUGCAUCAUAUUUAUUAGAGGCAUCAAAACAAUUUCAAAAAAAAAGUCAUAAAGCCGAUAGUUAUAUGGAUUUAGUUAAAGAGAAACUUGACGCAGCAGUGAUUGAUUGUGUUGAUGCAGCGAGUCAUGAAUUUAAUUUUGAUACACAAAAACUUCUUAUGCGAGCUGCAAAAUAUGGAAAAGGAUUUAGUAAGACUAUAAAUCCAGAGCAUUAUGUGAACAUGUGUCGAGUUUUGAGAAUUUUAAAUGCUGUUCGUCAUCCUAAUAUUGGAAUUCCCUUGACGUAUACACAAUUAAAUGCAUUGACGAGUCAGGUAUUAUUGGACAGACUUGUUGCAAGAAGACAUUAUUAUUUAAGUAUUCAAAUUGCUCGACAUCUUCGUUUGUCGGAGGUAGAUGGAGAAAGUCGAAUUUUGGCUCAAUGGGCUUGUUACAAGGUGAGACAAACUCAACUAGAUAAAGAACAAAUUGCAGAAGAAAUAGCCGAUAAAUUAGGUUAUGCACCAGGAGUUUCCUAUAGUGAAAUUGCAUUAAGAGCAGCUGACUGUGGAAGAAAACAAUUAGCUAUCAAAUUAAUAGAUUAUGAGCCAAGAGCUCAACUUCAAGUUCCAUUAUUACUUCGACUUGGCGAGGAAAAAGCUGCUCUUAAUAAAGCCGUGGAAAGUGGAAAUACUGAUUUAGUUUAUACGGUUAUUCUUCAUCUCAGAGAACACAUGCCUUUGAGGGAUUUUCAGAUGUCUAUUAUGCAUUGUCCUCUUGCUAUGGCUUUGUAUAUAAAAUAUUGUCAGAGUCACAAUCGAGAAACCUUAAGAGAUAUUUAUAAUCAGUAUGAUGAUUAUCAUUCACACGCUCUCUGGUUCGUUAAAGAGAGUUAUAGACCAAAGAACACUGCUUCGAGAGAUGCAAUGUUACAAUCUGCUCAAGAGAAUUUUAAAUUAGCUCGCAAUGAAACAAAUGCAACGCUAACGGAAGAACAAAUUAAACUUUUACGUUAUCAACGUUCAUUAGAGGAAACUUUACACGAAUCAAUUGUUGGAAAACCCCUUCAUGAGACUGUUGAAAUUUUACUUCUUCAAAAUGAAAUUAAACUCGCUGAUAAAUUAAGAUCCGAGUAUAAAAUUCCAGAUCGAAGAUAUUGGUGGUUAAGAAUUCAGAGUUUAGCCAAAAAAGGAAUUUGGAUUGAGUUGGAGAAAUUUUCAAAAAGUAAAAAAUCACCAAUUGGUUAUGAGCCUUUUAUAGAUGAAUGCUUAAAAUACCAGAACGAAAUAGAGGCAAAAAAAUAUUUACCUCGAGUUAAAGAUGACUUGAAAGUGAAAUAUUUAACAAAAGUAAAUAUGUUAUCGGAGGCAGCACAAAUUGCCUUUGAGCAAAAAGAUACCGCUGCUUUGUCCUAUGUCUUGGCUUAUUGUGGAACAUCCGAUCGAAGAAUCGCCGAGAAAAUAAAUGGCAUGAUUGCCACUUUAACGGCAAAUAAAUGAAGAAAAAAAUUUU